CAUUUCUAAAUGCCAUGAAACGAUGACUAUGUGGGUGGUGUGGCAGGAAGCCGACCCGAUCCCUCUUAAUCACUCUGCGCUUUCCCUGCGUACUUUGCGCAUUCUGCGCACGCCGAGUCCGAGGGAAACCGGUUGUCACGUCGCCUUUUGCCAUUUGUAUGGCAGUCGGGAAAAGUUCCCGGCGUACAGCAUUACAGGCUGAUUACACGAGUAAAAGCCGAGAAACCGGCGGCGUUAGUUGAUCCACAGAUAAGGGGCAGAAUCGUACAACAUCAGAUGGUAUUUGUGCGUUAAAAACGGGGGCUGUAUUGGGAGGAGACACUUCGAAGGAGACUUGCAACUGCGGAUCUGUAAAGACAGGGGGUGUGGUCCAUAGCCCAUGGUCCGGACGGGCCCUGGGGAGGGAACGUCCUAUAGGGGGCGUAACCACCCUCCACACCACUCCGUUGGUGGCCACAGCUCUGGCUCCCAGUAUGCACUCUGCACUCUGGGAGUGGGCCUCGUCGCCCUGGGUGUGGUCAUGAUCGUGUGGACUGUGGUGCCCACAGAGCCUGUCUACAAUGUAUCAACCAUCAAGCCCUUGGAUGGCAGCCAGGACUCACGAGGGAAGACCUCAUCCAUAGCCUUCGUGUUGCUGGCCGUGGGUCUAGCCAUGUUGCUUCUCGCCAUCUGUCUAGCUCUGAGGAACAAGCGGCGCCAGAGGGUCCGGGAUCCUCAUGAGACAAACUCCCGCUUCCUGAGCCCAACUGAGGGAGCAGCAGAUGCGAUGGAGGAGGCCCCGAGCUACGACGUGCCCAGUUAUGAGGAGGCUGUGGGCAGCGGGCAGUACCCAGUACGGCAGAGCAACCUCCGAAUGAGCUCCUCCCAACUGCCGUCCUAUGAGGACCUAGUGGCGGCCGUCCAGAAUGAGCCCAUGCUCCAGGAGGCCCCUGUCCCAGCCCCUGUCCCAGCCCCAGCCCCCACCCCCGUCCCUGCCGCAGCUCGCCGCAGUAGCCGUUCCAGCCGGCUCCUGCGCCCCCUACUGGCUCGGCGGAUCAAGUCUGAGAAACUAAGCCGAGAAAUGCACCUCGACAUCCAGUGCUUACCGCCGGGGGGGCAGGGGACCAUCGAGCCUCUGACCCCCCCUCCACAGUAUGAGGAGAAGAUGCCCGAGCUUUGAGAGGCCUCGAUCGGCCCUCCUUCCCCGUAUAAGCAGACACCAUCCUAGAGGGAGGAGCCAACCCUGACAUGCAGGAUGCUCUGAUGAUCUCUGGGACACCAGUGGCAGAUCCCAGCAAAAUCAUUUCAGAUGACAGAAAGAACUGAACAAGACCGGACUGAGCUUCUCAAACAGAUAGUGCCAUGGCUUCCCCAGUUGGUCACAUCUCUUCAUGUUAUAAGAUGCUGUGAAGCGGCUUCUUGCCGCCGCUCGUGCUUAACGUUACAGGUGCCUGCGAACCCCAGGAGAGGGCGAUCUGGUGGACCGAAGUCUCCAGUGUGCCGUUUGAGCCAGCGUCCAGCCGACUGCUGUCCUCUUCGUGUUCUCAGGAUAACUGAUUGGCGUUAUGACUCGUCCGCUUUUCCCUGACAUCGUGGGAGCUGGAUCGCGGGGAGGCUGGCAGGGAGACACGGAGCAGCGGGUUGUGGGUUUGGGGGUUAACGGCAGGGACCUGCUUUCUCACAGACCCAGGGAUGGUGGCACUGCUGAGAAAGAGGACUGUGGCGUAUGCUGUGUCUGCGUGGCCGUGAUCCGAACACCAGCUUCGGACCAGGGUCAUGCAGCCCGGUGUCCUCACCAUGAGAACCACACUCCACUGUCAGUAUAAAAUAAAAUAAAAAUUGUGGGUGCUUCUACUGAUGUUGAUAUCUCACUUUGGAAAAUGUUAAGCUCAAUCUGGCUAAUAUUAUGUUGUCUUAAUGUUCAGAACCACAGCAGGUUGUUCAGCAUGAGGCGUAGAUUUUAAGUGUGAGUGUAAUUGUGCAUGCUCUGGUUAAGGUACUUAGACAGUAUGUUGUGAUAUAUCUCUACAGUGAAUCGCCUUGGAUAACUUGUAUUAAUCCUGGAACUUGUCAGAUUUUUUUCUAUGGCUAGGGUGUACAGCAAAUUUGAUUAAUGAUGCAAAUCGCUAAGCAACUUAUGUAUUUAUUUUCUAGAAACUGUUUGUUUAUUAAAAAAAGAUUUCUCUGGAAUAAAAGGAGAAUAGAG